AUGGAAUCAGAUUUGGAUUCGACUGUUGAAAAAAAUCAUAAUUUAAAAACUGGUGUUACUAAAGAGUUUUCGAAUUUAGAUAUUGAUGAAUAUAAUGAAAUAUGGUUUAAUGAAGAUUCAGAUUCGAAUAUUAGCGAUGUAAAUGAAAAUCAAGAUUUACAAAAAGUGGCAUUAUUUACAAAAAUAUUAUAUGCAAAUCAAAUAAUUCAUAGUAUAUUACUUAUAGAAUAUCCUGCAACAUCUGAAGAUGAAGUUGCAACAAUUUUUAAUAUUAGUGGUUGA